CCAGGGCCACGUCUGUGCCAUGCAGUGCUGGGUAGCCACCCUGCAACCAGAGGUGGGUCCAGCUGCUGGAGGGCUGAUAAAGCCAUUGGGUUUGCUUGGAAGGCAGCCUCAGAGCCCAGAGGAAACCCAUCCCUAGCCUUGCUCCUUGUCUCAGCACAUGGCACACUCCCACUCUGAGCUGCCCUGCCACUUUGACAGGGUGCCACUGCUGCUGCCAAGUGCUGAGGGAGAAGGGGUACUUGGCACCAGCUUGCUGCCCUGCUGCUGCCUCACUGAGCUUGUGGCAUUGCCCUACCACCCACAGAUGGGUAAAACGGGUGAGUCAGGCAGGAGGAGGGGGUGAGUCAGAGGGCAGUGAGUCAGCAGGAAGCACAGGGCAGGUGCUGUUGCAGGGCUGGGCUUUCAGAGAGCCCCAGGGCCUGGUGCAGGGUCUUCCUAGGAGCUGAGGAAUCCUCAGGGCUCUGUUGCUGAGGGUAACAUGCAGGGUGCAGGCAGUGGGGUGGUGGGGACAUGCCAGGAUCUGGCUUGCCUGUGUGCCACACAGACCAAGCAGGUCUCUGUCCUGUCUGGAUCCUACUGCUCUCUUAGCAUGGAUGGGAAGAAAGAAAUUAUCCCAGCAGACACACACAGGCACAAACACACUUUCUAGACCGUGCAUUUAGGAUUCCCAUCUUGAGAUGAGUUAGAUAUUUAGCAGCAGAUGCUAAGAUGUGUGCUUGGUGUCUCUGACAACCAGAGCUAUGGGCCAAAUACUUGAAAACGUGCCUCACUGUUUUUUGCACAGAGGUCAGUCUCUUGUUUCAAUGUCCCUAAGGUCUGUAGGGGUUUGCUGCUUGGGGCUGGCUGCAGGCACCUCCUGUCCUGCCUGGCUGCACCUUUGGCUGGGAGGGAUGGGAAUCAGUGCAGCAUCCUUCAGUGACACCUGAAAGUGAGACCAUGGAGAUGAUGAGGCUGGAGGCCAACAGAGGAGCAGAAGCUGAGAGCAGCAGGUCUGUGUAGACUGGGAGAGGGAUGCGGGGUGCCAGUGGCUUUGGAGAGGAGCUGGAGACAGACUGUCCAGGGAACUGUCCAGGAACAGAAUAAGAGGCAAUGGUACAAGAUGCACCAAGGGAAAUUCCUAUUAGAUGUUAGGAAAAAACUUCCUCAUUGUACUUGAAAUUGUCACAGCUCACGUUUUGUUUUCUGUCCUUCUCAUGACCUUCAGAGUUGCUGCAGCAUCACCCAGCUCUUUGCUUAGUGUUCAUGUUUCAUAGCUGGAGCACCUUUCUCCUCAGAGGACUAUGCCGUUCCCUCCCUGCUCAAGCAUAAAAAGCCCAUUUCCAACACCACAGUGGUAAAGCACAGUACAGUAAACCACCCAUUCUUUUCUGCUGGGAGUAUGGGCUGUGAUCUGCAGGAGGGUGCUCAUGCUCUUUGGGACUGGAGAGGAUGCUAUCCCCCAGCUGCAGGGCUGGAAGUACCUUUCCUAUGGUGCCUGUCCCAGUCCUGGAGGCAGUGACAAUCACAGGGGAAGGCACAAGGAGUCUUUCUAAAGGCUUCAGCUGCCUGACCAUCCCGAGCAGAUAGGGAGCAGAUGGAGGCUGAGAUGAGCCUAAAGGACUGUCUGGAAAGAAUUACUUGCUCCCAGUAUUUUCUGUUUCUUUGCCAGCCUUUUAUUCUCAUGGUUGCUCUUUUCCUGAUCCUGUCCUUCUGCGAGGCUGGCUGCUGGCAGCCUCACCAGCCUUGUCUUCAGAAAGAGCUUCGCUCUGUGAUUUAUUGUGUCUCCUAACUUUGACCCUGGUGUCUGAUGCUCCAGAAGGCUAUGUCCCGUGUGCAAGUGCCAAAAUUUAGCGCUUGCCCAGUCCCAUCUGCAAGAGUAACAAAACAGAGCAAAGAGCCUGUACAUAGCCUAAGCAGAACUGACCUUCAGCUAUAGCGACAUGUGCCUCUCCAUCUGGUAAAGGAUGCCCCUGGCAUUCAGGCUCCCCAGACACUUUUAUGUGGGUUUUCAAGGUCUAGGAUGUUCCCAUGAGCCUCUGUUUGUCCGCAGCUCCCUUCUCAAGUUGUUCAUCUCGGCCUUUCCCUUGGGCUUCGUGAUGCUGGACUGCAUCUUGAUGCAUGAACUGCACACUGCCUUCCCCUGGCUGCCUCUCCGCAUUGCUGCUCAACACUGCUCUGGGCCCCAUUGUGUUACAUGGAUAUCCCUCAUACUAUACUUGAGCACUGAGGUCUCUGAGCUGGAGCAGCAGCAGCACAGCAAACCAGACUGCAGCAGUGGUGAGUGGGGUUUGUACAGGGACCCAUAAUGUUGUACAAAGACAGACAGGGGCUCAUGUCUGGGUCAGGAGCGUUGGCAUUGGAACAGGCUACCCAGAUUGGAUGCCCCAUCCCUAGAAACACUCAAGGUCAGGAUGGAGGGGCUCUGAGCACCUGAUAGAGCUGUAGCUCUCCCUGCUCACUGCAGGGGAGUUGGACUGGGUGACCCUUAAGGGUCCCUUCACAGUCACACGAUUCUAUGACUUUACUUAUAUAUUUGGUUGGGCAGCAGAGGAAUUGUUAAGGUGAUAGCUGUGACACCUUUUCCUAAAUGCCAGCAGCUCUUGCCUUCAGUUCCCACUAGAAGGAGAGAUUUUGCCUUUCCCCGAAGGGCACAGAACAUUGAAUUUGUGGCUGAAAUAUUCCUUCCUCACUGUAGCCCUCCUGGAUGCAUGCAGCUCCUUACAGCCAAACAUGUCCAUAGCUCAUCCUGGAUUCUUGCCCAGGCACUGCUCUGCCCUUUGUAGCCAUGGUGCUUCCUAAAUCGCAGCUGGAAAGGGGUGAGCUGGGUGGGGACCCCAGUGGUAUCUCUUCCUCCCAUGCCACGUGGAUGUCUCGCAUGGGGAGAAGAAUUGAUGCUGAAUGUCCCUGCAGCUGCUGCUGUCUUAUCUGCAGGCUGCAGCUUGAUGACGCCGGGCCGAGUGCCCCGGGCACCUCCCUUGGAGGCACUUACGGUAAAGGGAAGUGUAUUGCAAGAGGGGUUGCGGUGAGAAGGGACGGUUCCCACAGGGUCAGCACUGCCUGCACAAUCUUUGCUACCCUCCUCACCGCAGGCACUCCGACUGCUCCCUCUUCCAUCUGUAGCUCUGAUGCCUGUGUUCAGAUUCACUCCAGGCAUCAAAGCUGCAGUGCGGGUGGUUUAUAACCACAAGGGAGCUGCACUCAUCUGUGGAUCUUCAUAUAUAAAGGGCACCUCUGAGCAGCUGCUGUGAAGGCUGAAGAGCUGGAGAGGACGGAGCAGGGGUUCAGAGGCACACCGUGAUGGUGGGAGCCAUUCCACGGCAGCCACGCCGUUUCUGGGGGGUGCCUGGCUGGCAAGUGUCUUCAGCUAUUUGUGCCAACGACCGCCCGCUGUGGGACGGGGAGACUGAUCCGGAGUGGAGUGGGAUUCUGCUGCAGAGAGAGCCCCGUACUGGGGAGCUCACCUGGACAUCCUGAGCAAGAGGUCCAGCUCCUGCCCUCUCAGCACCACCCGUGGCACUUUACUGUCCCCUUCCUGCUGCUGCAUGGGCUGUCCUGACUCCAGCUCCACGUGGAGUCCCGCCAAGUGAGGCUCCAUGCGGCACAUCCACACUGAGACGUCCCUGCCCCCAGAGCGCAGCACCGACUCCAGCCUGUCCCGACCCAGCGGAGAGGCGGCCUUGGAGCCUUCCUCACAACACUGUGCCCGCCACGGCAUCCUCAUGGGCUACAACGAGACAGAGAUCAAGCGCCAGAAGGUUUACCAGGUCUCCAUCUUCUCCCAUCUCUCCAGCUCCUCCGAGAGCACGGAGCAACGAGCGGGCAGUCACUCAGCUCUCAAGAGGGGCUACCCCGAGCAGCGAACUCCAGAGGGGGUGCGGGAUCCCAAACGAACUCACUGGGGUGCUGGGGCGGACAGCAAGUGUGAUGGGGGCCUGGGGCAGCCUGCCCUGGAGGACGAUGAUACUUUUGAGGAUGGUCUGCUCGUGGACGAGCUCUCUCUGUGCGGCUCUGCCCAGCACUUCUCCCACAGCGGGCUGCAGGUGGUGGAGCACCGGUGUGUGAGCAGUCCCAGUCCUAAGGCCAAUAGAGAGGACAAGCCGCAAGAUACCUCCUCCUUCUGGCCACAGCACAUUGCUUGCAGUACUUUGCACACAAGCGAUAGUUGCCCUGUCCCGCCGGGGAAUCAGCUUGCAGACUGCUGGGAGAAUGGGGAGCGAAUGAGUGACCACAACCUACUUGACCUUGAUUUGCACACUAUUGCACAAAAAACCCAGCAGGACUGUCAUGGGAGGGGAGAGAAGCCAGGCAGCAGCCCCGCUCACAGCUAUGGGGCUGGCGAAGCAGAGGAAUGGCUGGUGGUGGCUAAUGGGUGCAAGGAGCCUCUGGCCCCACAGAUGCACAGCCCUGAGCCCAGCAACCUGAGCUCCCAGGAAAAGACACCCUGUGGGAACAGCAGCAGCAGCAGCAGCAGCUGCCCAGCCAAAAGGAAGCUGCUGCCAGCUGGGGAGACUAUGGCUGACUCCUGCUCUGAGGAUGAAAGCCUGUCGCAGCUGGUGAAGAAGAAGAGAGCCCUGCCGUGCCACCCAGUGCCCACAGCCUGCCGCAGCACUGAUGCCAAGGGAGCCCCUUUCUGGAAUCAUCUGCUUCCCACUGCCAAGAGCUCUGCAGAUGGCACUACAGCCGGGAGGAGGCUGAAGAGUGGGCUGCGCCUCAAAUUGCGACAUCUCCGGAGCAGCUUCCGCAGGGGAACCCGUUCCUCUGCAGCAUCCUGGGCCACCACCACUGUCAGCCAUGCUCUGCUGGGCAACUUUGAGGAGUCCAUCCUGAAGGGGCGCUUUGCACCAUCGGGGCGCAUCGAGGGCUUCACCGCAGAGAUCGGUGCCAGCGGCUCCUACUGCCCGCAGCACGUCACCCUGCCCGUGGACGUCACCUACUUCGACAUCUCCGAGCACAGUGCACCCUCACCUUUCCUGGGAGUGAUUGACUUGGAGGCCUUGGGAAAGAAGGGUUACAGCGUUCCUAAAGCAGGAACCAUCCAAGUGACCUUAUUUAACCCCAACAAGACUGUGGUGAAGAUGUUCUUGGUGACCUAUGACUUCCAGGACAUGCCUGCCAACCACAUGACCUUCCUACGCCACCGCAUCUUCCUGGUGCCUGUAGGGAAAGAGAAGGGGGCCACUGUGGCCUGCAGCGAGACACCAGGCAAUGGCCCACCCCGCAGGGUCCUCUGCUACCUGAUGCACCUGAGAUUUCACAGCUCCAAGUCUGGGAAGAUCUACCUUCAUGACAACAUCCGGCUGCUUUUCUCACGCAAGUCAAUCGAGGUCGACUCGGGGAUCCCAUAUGAACUGAAAUCCUUCACAGAGAUGCCAAGGAACCCUCGCUAUUCACCCUGGCCCUGACCCUUCUUCCUCGCUCAGGGCCACCGAGCAGCACCCAGCCCAGUGCUUUGGGGAUCAUUGAGUAAAGGAGAGACCAAGCGCAGCCGCCUUGCAGUGUCCCCAACCCCUUGCACCCCUCCUCCUGAGCAGCACUGUUGUCACAGCUGUGCCCUGGGGCAGAGCUGGCAUCACCAAAGGGGAUUUAUGAGGAGGGGCAGGGACUGGGGAGCACCCCAAGGGCUGUGCCCAGGACUUUUAUGAGCUGGGAGGUGUGGCUGGAACUGAGGGGGGUGGGCUUCUCCCAACCUGCGCCUGGCCCUGGGUUGGGAGCAGCAAGUUGGGAAGUUUGUAUUUAUUAGUAUUUAUUGUCAUAGGGGUGCGGAGGUGUUGGAGAUAUGGUUCCUGGCAGGGUGAUGGGGAUGAGGGCGGGGGUGAAGGACGAGCCUGGAGGGUUGGCCGAGACUCAGUGGGCAACAACUCGGUGUGGCCGAAACAUCGCUGUGCGUCACCCAGGGCUCCAGCCACGGCCGGAAUGGCUCGGGAGCACGGGGCCGGGUAGAACCACCAGGCCCGGCUGUCCUCAAUCGCAGCCCUGGGGGCUCACGGCCAGGUGAGGGGCGGCCCCUGCCCUCCCCGCAGCACCCCUUGGCCUCCCCCUGCAGCACCCCAGGUCCGUGGGCUUCACGCCGUGCUGAGUCCCCUCUCGGAGCGCCGUAGUGGUACUUCUGUGUUGAUUUCUAUUUAAUAAACGUUUGCGAACCCA